AUGAAACUUGUUUUUUCAAUAAUUAUCUUCAUAAUUUUUUAUCAAUGUUUCUACAAAGUUGAAUCGAAAGAAUUAUCAUAUUUACAAUUACUUGUAGAACGACAAGGAUCAAGUGAAAAAAAUCUUGCACCAUAUAAUUCAAUACUUGGUGUUGCAUCAUCAAAUGUAAUUGCUUAUUCAAAUGGUAAUGAUGAUUAUUUUUCAAAUGAAAAUAGUUAUUUAUAUGGAAUAUAUAUGGGAAUUAAAUGGCAAUGUGUUGAAUAUGCACGUCGAUGGACAUUUUUACGUAAAAGUUCUAUUUUUGAAAAUAUUAAAGAUGCUAAUAAUAUGUGGAGCCAAUUAGAAUAUAUUGAAAGAGUUAUUGAUAAAGAAAGUUUUCCAUUAAAAAAACAUCCAAAUGGUUCUCCAAAGCGACCAACAAAUGAAUCAUAUUUAAUUUAUCCAAGACAAAAAUAUAUUCCUUAUGGACAUGUUUCUAUUAUUGUUGAAGUUUUAAGAAAUUCUAUUAGAGUUGCUGAAGAAAAUUUUUACUUUACUUAUUGGAAACAUAAUUAUGCUCGAGAAAUUCCAUUAGUGUAUGAAAAUGGUCUUUAUUAUAUUAAAGACCAAUAUACAAUUUAUGGAUGGAUGGAAAUAGAUGAUAAAAAACAAUUAAAACCAUUAGACAGAUCAACAAUUGAAAAAAUUCGAAUGAAAUAA